UAAGAUAUAUUCAUUUGCAUGUGCAGUACUGUAUAUUUCUUUUUGAUUUCCUUUUGCUUAUUUUGUUUAAAAUGUUUCAUUGGAGCUUUGGUGCAUUUCGUAAGUAUUUAAUAUACUUAAUAAGAAGUUUUAAGUAUUUAGUUAAGUAUUGCCUAAUAAUGUCAAGAUUCUUAUCUCUUUUUUUCUUUGUGUAUGACAGCACCACUGACUGUGAGUGCCACCGAUACAAAGGUGAAGUGUCACAAAUAAAUAUAUAAACAGGCAGAAAAUGAUUAUGAUAAUAUAGUCAGACAUUAUAUUUUAUGAUCAGACGAAGAACUGGGGACUGCACGAACAUGUUAGGCUUAAGGUUCUUCAGAGCAUUGAGCAGGAAAUUCUUGAUUAUAAAGUCUGUUAAAACGUAUUUGUUAGUUUUAACAAUAAUCCUUUUCGGCAUUUACAAAUUGUCAUUCAAAACGAUUCUAACGACUUCGAGGAAUGGCGAGCGACAAAUUUACUCGACGCCGAUAGGUCUUAGGCAUGCGGAAAACAAAUCUAUAAUGAUUGAAGCACUGACUCAUGAAUUUGUGGACCUGAGUGAAUUGCUUGAAUUGCUGUUAAAGCCGUGGGCUAAAAAUCAGUCAAAUCUUGUAGACCUUAGAAAAAAAAUGUAUGGAAAAAAAUACAAUGAUGCAAAUUUGACGGAGGUAAUGUUCGCUAGCCAAUCAAGUAUGAAACCUGGUGAAAAAUACCGACAAGUCUUCUUCUACCCACGAGCAAAAGGUCGCAUCACUAAUGGAAUACAUAAACAGCUUCCUAAGGUAAAUGCUCAUUUUAGUUAUUGUGUAACGUUUUAUUCAACAAUGAAUACCUUGUCAUUCGACACAAUAAUUAGUGUGUUAACAGCUUCCAUGGCGUUUCUUGUUGGGUCGUUUUCGCUUUCAAGAAUGUUAGAAGCCGGAGGAGAUCUGGAGAUAUUGAGUCGGUUAAUUGAUCUAUUCACUUUGCGUAUCGCUUUCACUCGUUUCCUAAAGCUAUUAAUCGAGUCCACAAACUUUGUUUCAAGUGACGACAUGACCAUAAAUCCAGCAUCACUAAGAUAUUUUUGUAGCUCACGUCGUCAAUUCCCAUUAUCCAACCUACAGUUAAAGUCCCCAGCAAUUAAUACAGUCGGAAUGCCAGGUGAUCUCAAUAUCUCGGCUUCAAUGAUUUCAGCAAAAAUAGAAUUUACUGGUAUUCCCGGGGGAAAAAACACGCCAUCAAACAAACUGAAAAUGGCUUCAUAA